CACUCUGCGCAUCAGAUAUUUAUCGCUCGAUGCGAUGGCAGAUGCGCGCUGCAGCAGGCUUGCUGGCAUGCUGGAGAAGCAAAGCCGCUGGCGGAAAGAGUGGUCCGAAAGGUUCUUCGUCAUGGACGAGGACUGCAUCAAAUAUUUCAUCUCGCCCCCUGCUUUCCUCGACGACAACGGCGAGGACGUGCGAGGGAAGAUCCCUUUGGCAGGCCUCGUUGCGGAGGCUGCUCAGGACCCGGGCCGUCCCUACUGCAUCCGAGCAGGGCGAGACCUUCUCAGUUGUAAGACUGAAGCAGAGCAGCAGCGGUGGCUGCAAGCCAUCAAUGCAGCAGGAGGUGUGGAGGAAGCCAAUCAGGCUUGCACAAAGCCAUCGAGGCCCUGCGCUGGCAAGGGGCCGGGCUUGCUUCUGGUACACGCGGACCGGCCUCAUCAGGCAGUAGCGCUGGGACAGCCAGUAUCCGUGCGACUUGCUUCGGCGGCCUGUGCGACAAUCUUAAUCCAGGAGUUGCCAGUGGCAGGAGGAGCGCAGGCGCUGUGCAGGCUGGCGCUCCAGAAGUGCAAGUCCGGCUGCUCCACGUCCUUUCCGGUGGAACUUCUUGGGAAAGGUGUGUGCUCAGACGAAUGGAGUCUCAGCGUCCAGGUGCUGGGCAACCGGUUGCAGCGGACCGCCCAGCCGCUGCUCCUGGGAGUGGCAAGCUUGCUCUCGGCCUGGAUGUACUUUGUGGGUGUGGACAUCACAGGGCUGAUCGUUGCCCUGCUCUGGCAACUCGUGAGCUGGAUGCAAUCUGCGGCAGUUCAUGAAGUCACCUUUUCGGUUGAACAAGUGCAGCUUCUCAAGGACAGUGCUGAUGCUCAGGCCGAAGCCCCGCCCAGAUGGUGUGGGACAUGGGUCCUGGAUAAAAGCUGCAGCGAAAAGUACGAGACCAUUCUGAAGGAUAUGGGUGUGAAUUACUUGAUCCGAAAGGCCGCCGAUGCAAAAACGUCAGUCAUGAUCAUCAGCAAAUCAUCCAGCCACGUCACCUUCAUAGUGAAGAACUUGGUGACGGUGGAAGAUGUGCUACCUGUGGAUGGCAGUUGGGUCACCAAAGCUGUCCCACCAGCCGGCCGCAUGAGGGGGGAAAUGCGAUUACGCCUGUCCAAAUGCACGGAGAACGAGCUGGAGCUGGUCACUGAGUUCCCGCCUGGCGAAGGAAGUCUCUGUGAUACGUUGAACGUGGACGCCGGUGGCGAGUCCUAUUCGCGCAAAGUCGUGCGGACCAGAGGUGAAGGCACAACGUUGGACUGCACUCGGGUGUUUAGAAAGGUUACUUCGUGAAAGGGCGCUGGCCGCUUGUGAACUCGGCCCUCGCCCCAGUGUCACUUAGAUGUCUCAGAUUUGAUCAGUGAGUUGCGCA